CAUGUGUAAAUGUGUAGGUCUAGUCUCCUGAAUUGAACCCAGAGAAGAAGAAGAACGGAGACGGCGAAGAGGAAAUUGAGCUAAAACGAAUAUAUUUUAGGCUACAAUGUCGCUUGUCCUACAAUUCAAAUGACGGGUGUUACAUUGUUUCUCAUGUUCCUCCUAAAUGUAGGCAUACUUACUUUUUCCGAUGUUGCUAGUUGUAGUGACGUUUGGCAAACUAUCAGGAAGUCCAACUGCUCUGCAGACACUGAUGUUGAUUUUGAGUCGUUUAGGAAACAAUUUCAUCGGAAUUAUAAACUCCACAGCGAUUGUUAUGAUCGGCGCAGAUCUUAUUUUAAGAAUUCCAUCAAAAGGCAGGCAUACCUGAACUCAUUGUCAACAGACAAAGACUCAGCAAAAUAUGGCAUUAACCAGUUCUCGGAUUUAUCAAUAAAUGAAUUCAGAGACCUGUAUUUGACUGCCACAGCUGAAACAGUCCCUCCCUACUCAGGACUGAAGACAGGGGGACUGCCUGCCAAGUUUGACUGGAGGGACCAGUCUGCAGUCGGAUCAGUACAGAAUCAACAAGCAUGUGGAGGUUGCUGGGCGUUCAGUGUUGUGGGCGCCAUAGAGUCAGUCUAUGCCAAAUCAGGCCAGCCAUUGAAACAGCUCAGUGUGCAACAAGUCAUUGACUGUUCCUACAAGAACCAGGGCUGCAAUGGAGGCUCCAUUACCAGGGCCUUGAGCUGGCUGAAACAGACUAGGGUUAAGUUGGUGAAACAGUCAGAAUACCCAUAUAAGGCCGAGACUGGAAUUUGCCAUUUAUUUUCUCAGUCACAUGAUGGUGUUUUGGUGAAGGACUUUGCUGCCCAUGAUUUCAGUGGGCUUGAGGAGGCUAUGAUGGGCAGGUUGGUGGAGUGGGGACCCUUGGCUGUGACUGUGGAUGCCAUCAGUUGGCAGGACUAUCUGGGUGGCAUCAUGCAGCACCACUGCUCCUGCCACCAUGCCAACCAUGCUGUGCUGGUCACUGGUUACGACACCACAGGUGACGUGCCAUACUGGAUAGUACAAAACUCAUGGGGAACGUCAUGGGGUAACGAAGGUUAUGUUUACAUUAAAAUGGGAGGCAAUGUUUGUGGUAUUGCAGACUCUGUGACUGCUGUCUUCCUGUGACUGUGUGAGCCAUGGUGACGUUGAUGUUUUUUCUAAAGGGAUUCAUUAGUGUGUUCAGUACUGCCAAAUUCUCGAUCAACUCUUGAAGGAAUUAUUUUCAAGACAAUUCCCAUGGAGGUCAGUCAUUUUCUGGCAACCUUUUAAGUACUGUAUUUUUAUUGAGACAGAUACAAUGUAUAUUCUUCUGAUACAAUAAAAUAUAUUUCUUUGCA